UUAAAAAAAUGGGUUUUUUUUUUUGUUGAUCCCAGUAUUCUCGAAUUACUUGAUUGAGGGAAGCAAAAUUAUAUAUAAUUUAAGAUUAAACAAAAGGAGGGAACAACAUUGUUAUCAUUAAAAAGUAAACCAUGAUGGAGAAUUGAAACAAUGUAGUGUUCAUCACAAAGGAAAGUACUAAAGAAAUAGGACUCUCUCAACCACCCUCCAUUAUAUAUUUUACAUCCUCUUCUUCCCUUACCAUUGAAAGAAAAAAAGAUGCAGAAGUUUACUUCUUAUGUUGUCUUGCUAUUGUUCUUGCUUUGUUUCUUUCAAGCUUUUUCAUGGAGUCAAUUCAACCAAGGUGAGAAUUAUGAGGGUUCUUCAGACCUUAUUAACCUUGAAUACCACAUGGGACCAGUCCUUGCAUCAGCUAUAAAUUUGUAUAUAAUCUGGUAUGGUCAAUGGAAUCCAACACAUCAAGCUACUAUAAGGGACUUCCUGGAUUCCUUAUCUUCUUCUUCUUCAGUUCCUUACCCCUCAGUUGCUGAUUGGUGGGACACUGUGAGGCUCUACACUGACCAAACAGGAUCAAACAUUACAGCUACCAUUUCCAUUUCGGGUGAGUUUUAUGAUUCUGGGUACUCCCAUGGUGUUUACUUAAGUCGUUUAUCGAUGCAAUCGAUCAUCAAAGCUGCGGUUACAUCUCAUUCGAGGCUAUUGCCUCUCAAUCCUCACAAUGGACUUUAUUUGGUGCUAACUUCACAAGAUGUUCAGGUUGAGGAUUUCUGCAGAGCAGUGUGUGGGUUUCAUUACUUCACUUUCCCUAUCCUUGUUGGUGUAACGGUUCCUUAUGCUUGGGUUGGUUAUAGUGGAACUCAAUGUCCAGGUAUGUGUGCUUAUCCAUUUGCUUGGCCUAAGUACUCGGGGAAGCUACCCCCGAAUGGAGGUAAUGACAUAACACAUGCGCCGAAUGGGGAUGCAGGGGUCGAUGGGAUGAUCAGUGUUAUCGCUCAUGAGUUAGCGGAAGUGUCGAGUAAUCCAUUGAUUAAUGCAUGGUAUGCCGGAGAAGAUCCAACCGCACCAACCGAAAUUGCGGACUUGUGUUUAGGUUUAUAUGGCUCGGGUGGUGGCGGUGGGUACAUGGGUAAAGUUUACAAAGAUGCUUGGGGAAAUGGCUACAAUGUACAUGGAGUUAAAGGAAGGCGAUUUUUGGUUCAAUGGGUGUGGAAUCCUGUGAAAAGAAGAUGCUUUGGGCCAAAUGCCAUGGACUAGAAUGUGUACCAUGUAUUAAGCUUUAACACUGUUUCCUGCAAUCUAAGUUAGUAUUAACGCCUAUCGAAAGGGGGUUAUUAGCCUUUUCGAUAAAUAUUGUAUAUUUUAUAAACUUAUGAUCCUCUGCUUCUUUAAUCUCAUUUUUGGUAUAGAGAUGCAAGAAAACAA